AUAAGAAGAAAACACAGAAACACACACACACACACACACACACAACGUAGGGCUCUAAAAUGAGCUUCCAAAUCACCAAAGCUCUGCCUCCUCUCUCCCCGUCUCACUGCAAACUUCCCUCUCCCCUCAUUACUGCUACUAAUAAGCACAAACCAUCCCACAACGCCAAGCCCAAGAAGACACUAGCGUGCAUAUCCCAGAAGCCCUUCCAUGAGUUCUUUCUAAAGAAAGCCACUUUGGCAAUUCAAGCUGCAGCACUUUUAGCCACCGUUGAGCAGCCAGCUUUAGCUGUGACUGGAGUGAACAACGAGGAAGAUUUGGCUUCGGUUUUGAUACAAUUGGGAAUCGUGGCCUUUGGGUACUUGAUUAUCAUGCCACCCAUCAUCCUCAACUGGCUUAGGAUAAGAUGGUACAGAAGAAAUCUCUUGGAGAUGUAUUUUCAGUUUAUGUUUGUCUUCAUAUUCUUUCCAGGAAUACUCGUUUGGGCACCCUUUUUGAACUUCAGGAAAUUCCCACGGGAUCCAUCCAUGAAAUACCCCUGGUCUACACCACAGGAUCCUUCAAAAAUCAAAAAUGGAUAUUUGAAGUACCCAUAUGCCGAACCUGAGGAUUAUGCAUGAAAUUGAAGAAACAUAGUAGAUUGCUUGCAUAUCAUAUAUAACAAACCGAGAAGUGGAAUUCUUGAAACAUUCUGUAGUUGUAAUGAAUGAAACUCAUGUAGGCCUCUGUUUAACAGGUCUGUUGUGAGCGUUUAGA